ACACGGCGCACGCGCACGCGCAUAGAUACCGAUUAAAAGUAUAUAAGGGCCCGAGCCCUCUCCACUUCUCACUCUCAUCACUCUCCUCUUACUAACACAACAUGGAAGAAGUAGUUCCCAGUCAUGGCCAUGGUCAUGGAGACGAUACUGAAGGUGUUGUGGUCGCCAAGGGAGUCUCCAUGGCGGUUCUAUUCUGUGCUUCUAUGAUAUGUGGUAUCGUGCCUCUGUUCCUGGCGAAAAGAUUCCGUUGGAUAUCUACUGAUGAGGCCCAGAAUUUGAAAUCCAAGAAUCGCGUGGUGAUGUCUUUACUGUCUUUCGGAGGUGGUGUGCUCCUGUCUACCACAUUCUUACAUCUUUUGCCUGAAGUCCAAGAGAACGUGGACUACUUACAGAAAAUGGGCAGACUGCGAGAAUUCGACUUCUCUCUGCCGCCGUUGUUGAUGUGCUGCGGCUUCUUCAUCAUGUACCUGGUAGAGGAACUCGUACACAUCUACAUCCACCACCGCGAGCGGCAGAACGGCCAGACGGCACAGCUGGUGCGGAACCUCAGUGUAAGACGUAGUCGCGCCGGCAGUGCAGAUACCAACGGCGAGAAGAGCGUCACCAAUUCCAUCGCGAACCUCACCGACCCACCCACAAUGAAAAUGUCAAAGGACCCGGAGCUCAACCACCACGGCCACUCCCACAAUCAUAGCCACAUGCCCAUAACGCAGGUUGAUGACGUCACCUCCGCAUUGCGUGGUUUGCUCAUUGUGCUGGCUCUUUCCAUUCAUGAGUUGUUCGAAGGUCUGGCUGUCGGUUUGGAAUCCUCCACGUCUCAUGUCUGGUACAUGUUAGGAGCAGUUUCCGCCCACAAACUAGUCAUUGCAUUUUGUAUCGGUGUAGAAUUGAUCGCUACACGCACAAAGACAUGGCUAUCCGUGAUCUACAUCACGACAUUCGCUAUUGUAUCCCCAUUGGGUAUUGGCAUUGGACUUAUUCUGGUCGGUGGUCAAGGUGCUACCGCUGCUGGCGUCUACUCUGUCGUCCUGCAAGGAUUGGCAUCAGGAACUCUAUUAUACGUCAUCUUCUUUGAAAUAUGGAAGAGCGAUAGAACGGGCAUCCUCCAAUACUUCGCAGCUCUCAUAGGAUUUGGGCUCAUGUUCGGAUUGCAGUUAUUGACGGGUCAUUCUCACAGCCACUCGCACGGAGAUGACGACCACGGACAUUCCCAUGACCACGGCCACACGCAUGACCACGGUCAUUCUCACGACCAUUGAAAACAACACCCAAAGUGUCUAUGAAUGGUCACUGAUAUCGUACUUAGAAAAUAACAUUCAUGUUCCAUGUAGUUUUAAUAUACUCGUACACAAUAACAUGAUCCUCGAGUGUGACGUCAUAGUUGAACAUUGAAAAAUGUCACGUAAUUAAAUAAUAGAGUGAGACUAACGAAUGUACUGAAUAAAAGAGGUUAAUAUUCCAAUUGACUCUCAUGUUAUUGUACACGUAUUGUAAGCGGGGAAAUGUAAGUGAACUCAUUUGUGAUACAUGGAUUGUGAUGAGUUACUAUUAUCUAAUGUUUUUAUAUGUUUUUAUUUUGUAAAUUGCCCUUUAAUUUUGUACAUAAUUGCUAUACAUAAUCGCUUAAUAACACUUGUUAUAUUAUAUAAGUUAAGAACAAAAAUGUUAAGACGUUUGGCGAUAAAGUUAGAAAUGCCCGGUUAGAAAUAACCGUUUUAUCUUAAAGAAGAAAUGUGGACAUAUUUAUAAUAAUACUUGAUAAUAUUAGCUAUUUCCUUCGUAUUGUCUAUUCCAGCGUAAACAUCUAGUCAACAAGAAAAGCAAUAACGUAACAU